GCCAGCUCGUGAGAAGUCGGGAUCGAUGUUGGGUCACCGACUAGAAGUUUCUAAGAAUUCGCGCUUGCAUGGCAGUCGGUGUUUGUGCGUGAGGUGUUGACAUUGGUAUAGAAAAGUUAACUAGUCUGUGAUAAACAAAACAAAAUGAUUCAGGGAUAUGGGCCAGUAAUGCAAGCCUUUCUAGGCACCCUAUUUACCUGGGGUUUAACGGCAGCUGGGGCCGCACUUGUCAUUGUUAUCAGAGGGUCACAGAGAAAAUUGCUUGACGCCAGCCUUGGAUUUGCAGCAGGUGUAAUGACAGCAGCCUCUUUUUGGUCCCUUUUAUCCCCUGCAAUCGAAAUGGCUGAAACAUCAAAAUUAUAUGGGGAUUAUGCAUUUGCUCCAGUUGGAUUGGGAUUUCUUCUGGGAGCCUUAUUUGUAUAUGGUGCUGAUAUAUUAAUUACAGUGCUUGGUGUCCAUUCCCCUAAUAUGAUGCUAGCCUUACAUCCCAGUAGUAAUAGAAAAGACAGACGUGAUAGUGCAAGACGCGAUUCACAUUUUUCCUCGCCAGAAUCGACUGCCAUAGACGGAUUUACUGAUAUUGUAGGAAGUGUUCAACGGAGAAGGGUAGGUAAACAUCAUAAACAAUCAAGAGCAAAUGAAGAUGUUGUUCCCUUGGUUCAGAGUUACGAAGAUGUCUCAAACAUCGAAGAAAUUCAGCAUGGACAAUGGAAAAGGAUCAUUCUCCUUGUGGUUGCUAUUACAGUGCACAAUAUUCCAGAAGGUCUUGCCGUUGGCGUGGGAUUUGGUGCCAUUGGAAGCAGCGGCUCAGCAACAUUUGAAAGUGCAAGGGAACUGGAGCUUGGGGGUCCCCUGCUUCCAUUAAAUUGUAUCCAAGAGGUAAGAGCUGUAUCGGCAACAAAGUGGUGAAAAUGUGAAACCGGGCACUUGGGAAGAAGGUCCAAAACUAAACAUUUACCUGUGAGACGACAGUUCCGUCGAGGAUGAUGACUUUGAUGACAGUAUUUACAUAAACAAUUUAUUGACAAUAAAAUAAAUAGUGUACAAUACAAUAUAAAACAAUAUAAAUAUUAUAAACAAGAGAAUAUCAUCUUCAUUCUAUGUUUUUCUGUGGUUACGGUUAACAGUGAUCAGGCAGUUACAUACGAAUGCAUCUUUUUCUUGACAUUAAUAAAGGAAAAAUCCA